GUAAGCGUUGCGAAACUACACGCAACGAACGGGUGACGACAUUUAGGAUGAAAGCUGUAAGGCCGUUCUUUGCUCGAGCUGCCAAGAAGUGUAAAUAUUCAUAUGAGGGGGAAGUACAUCAGACUUCUGCUGGAAAACAGUUCGGAAGGAAAUCUACCGAAAUAAACGACGCAACGGAAGCCAUGAGCAGUGCAUCAUUGGUAGACAUGCAAGGUUUGCGCGCUUCUUUUCGGAAAUAUUUCUACAUAACCCGAUACUUAUGAUUUAUAAACAAAGCCUUAGUUUAAAAAUCUGUUGUACUUGCAAUUAUUUUAUUUUAUCAAAGGACUGAAUUCAUGAUGAAGUAUGUGAUUAUACAGAAAUCUUGCCUCUCAUCUGACAUUUGUGUACAGAGAGCUCUAGCACGUUUAGUAUUCGUGUAUUUCGCGUCGCAUGAGUCGGAAUCGUAUUGGGAGAAUCAUUUCAGUCUGCUUUGCAUUGUGUCAAUCAUAAUGUCAGCUUGAACCAUUGCCAUCGUAUUCGCUUUUAUUAAUUUGUAAACGUUGUUAUGCUGAUGUAAGUUACAUGUUUGAGUACUGAGGGAAAAUCCUCGAUCUUUCCUUUUUUUAAAUGGUCCUUAUUGUUACCUCUGCAAGAGAUAGGAAUUUCAUAACGGGGAGAGUGCUGAUACGUAGGCUGUUUUUGAUAACACUUCAGACAAGCUUGGUGUUAUCAGUGAAUGACAGGAAUGAGUGACAUUGAAGAAAUGUAAAAUGGUUUCCGUGUUUACAUAGCCUGAUGUAAACACUUGGGAGGUUGGGAGAACACAAGAUAAGCGUAGGAAACCACGACGCGAAGCGGAGUGGUUGCCAGCUUAUCAUCAGGCUAUGUAAACACAGAAACCAUUUUACAUUUCUUCUAUAAAAUAACUAAUGAAAGAGGAACGAAAACCGUGUUUACAUACGCUUAUGUAAAAUGGUUUUAUGGCCAAUCAGAGCGCACGUACUAUUUGAAUUAUUUUAUAAUAAAAAAUUGAUACCACUUUUUAGCAUUAAUUUUUAGCAGUUAAUGUCAGCAUUUACACAUUGGAUUAUCACAUUAUUUCUUUGGGUUUCACUGGCUGAUAUCAUUGUUACCCUUAGUUACCCUCUUGUUGACAUCAAUAGACUGAGAAACCUUCUGAAUGAAGAGUGAAGUAGUUUUCACCAUCAAUGUCAUCAACACAAUUGACUGAGAAAACCCUCUGAAUGACAAGUGAAGUUGUUUUAACAAUCAAUGUUAUCAAAACAGUUGAUAGCAAGGAUAUUAUUAUUUCCCUUUUGUGGAUCAAAUUUUGUGUUAGUGGGAAAGUAAUAACAAUCAAUAGUAACUGAUUAAAAUCAUUAUUUUUAAAAGAAAAAUGGAUUUGAUUUCUUAUCACUAAAUAAGUCAUGGUAGUGGUGUCAGAUUGGAUAACUUUUUCACUACUGUUCAUUGCUGAUGAAUUGAUGUUACCUGAAGUUGGCAUCCACCAGUUUUAUUUGAAUAUGAAUUCUAUUUUAUUUAUUUAUUUAUUAGACCAGGAAUGUUUAUACUUAAUUAUUAUGAUCUUAUGCCGCAGUCCCUGAAGUUAGCAGUGCUGGGAACUUGAAUCAACAUGAGACUCCUAUUCAAAACAAUUCAGCCAACUCCACAUAUUGCACACCUGUUUAUCCAUCAACAACAACUAUCAAACCAGUACAGUCAAGUCAAGGUGAAGAGCAAAAUGCUUCAAGUGGCUCUUAUCAAGAAUACUGCUCUGAAAGUAUGGAACCCUUCCAGCAGCCGUGUUUUACAUCUCCAGAUAAGUUGGGACGUAGGUGGCACAAUUUGCGAAGAAAAUGUUAUUGGCCACAGAGAAACCAGAACUUUACUUUUAAAGUAGUUUCUUACAAUGUACUUGCUGAUGGUUUACUGCAUUCCAACAGCCAUCUGUACUGUGGAUCUGAAGAGUGGCUGAAAGACUGGGAGUACAGACGGAAAAAUCUUCUGAAAGAAUUGCUAUCCUACAAGGCCGAUGUAAGUAUUGGUAAUAGUGAAUUGAAUUAUUGGAAGAAAACCUUCAUUAAAUUUGUCAGGAGGAACUAUUAUCUGUAAUUUUGAAAUCUCUAAAUUAAGAAAGUGUGGUCUUCAUGCAAGGCAGCUGAAUGUUUCAUUUUUCCAAUGAAUUGAGUGAGGUACAGAUGUUAUCACUGCUGGUUCAAUCUUUUCCUUGUUUCUCACUUGCGUGGCAUCAGAGUACAUGUAUGUUCUUUGCUUGUGGCAAAUGAGGCAGAGUAUGAAUGAAUUCAUGAUAUUUUAUAUGAUUGCCACAAAGUUAAAUGUGACAGUCAGGUGUCUUGAAUGUUACAUAUAAUUAUGUACUAGGUUUUGUGUCUUCAAGAAGUUGAAGAUAGUCAUUAUGAGGACUGGUUUGAACCUAAGCUGAGAGAGAAAGGUAAAAAUGACAUUCAUUUCUGAGUUUAGACAAGACUAGAAGAGGGCAUGACUGACCAACAGAGUUUUUCUCAGGGUUUCUCUUCCCAUCUCUAGGAAUGAUUGAGGGGUAAAAGAAAGGCUGGGUAUAAACUUGUGGCUAAGCCUCCAAUCUUUAACUCAGCAUGGCACAUUGUUAAGGUCAAGUUUAUCUUUGGUCUUGACGGCUUUUCAUAAGUUAUCGAAUUCUAUGAUCUCACAACUAACAAAAGUCUAGUCAAACCAAGAUCAUGUGUAAUGUUUUUUCUGAAGGCUGUCUUCAUCCUUAUUGUGGUGGGAUUAUAAAUUUACAUCAAGGUGUAAUUUUUCUUUGAUUUUUGAGCUCUUUAGAACCCCAUAGUUCUCUUGCCUUUUUAGAAUUUCUUUCACAUGUGCAUGUUGGUUAGAGACUUUUCUUAGAACCAUGAAUUUUAGAUUUUAACAUAUUUUAUUAGGUUAUACUGGAGUGUACAAGAAAAGAAGUGGUGAUAAAACAGAUGGAUGCGCUACAUUUUUCAAGAAAUCAAGAUUUACGUUAGUGAAAUCAGAACUUGUCUCCUUUAAUAAACCAAACGUGAAGCUUAUGGAUCGUCAUAAUGUAGCUGUUGUGGUUCUUUUGAAACCAAAAGUUCCAGGCCGCUCAUCUCGCAAUUCAAACAAUCUUGUAUGCAUCUCAAACACUCAUUUACUUUUCAACAAAAAAAGAGGAGACAUCAAACUUGCCCAACUUGCCUGCUUAUUUUCAGAAAUUGAGGAAAUAGCAAGAAUCUCCUCUUCUGGUCAAGGAAAUCCAGCCUAUCAUCCCAUCAUUUGUUGUGGAGAUUUCAACAGUACUCCAUUUUCACCAAUCUAUGAUUUUGUUAUGCGAGGGUCUCUUAAUUACAAAGGCAUGCAUCGUGAUAACUUUUCUGGGCAAAGUCAUGUGCGCAGGAGUUACCCUCCAAGUCAGGAAUUAAGAAGUAAUAUUAUUCCUUGGGAACUAGGAAUCACAACAACAUGCACCAAGAGAAAUGAGUCAACAGAAGUAGAGAGUGUUUUAAGUAUUGAUUGUGAGAAAGUUGAUUUGCAACCCUCAGGAGUGGAGCCCCUCUCUACAGGAUCUGCAUCUUGUGUGUCAGCAUCAAAGAGUGUGUUACCAUUUGAGAAGAGUAGACAACAUUUUUCAUUGUCUAGAAAGGCUGGUAAUUGUGCUCACUUGCCAAGAAAUCACCAUUUAGGAUCUCUCUGGUUCAAUCCAGAACCUGGUUCAAGCACUGAACUUCAGUCAGAUGUACGUGGAAGAAUAUCACUGCAAAACACUCAGCCAUCCUCUUUAAACUCCACAGAAAAUGAGAAUGUUUCACAGGAAGAAGCACAAAGAAGUACACAUCUUUUGGCAAAAAUGACUGAAAAAAGGGUAUACGAUGCUACCACAAUCCAACGGCACAAUUUUUCUGAUGUGUUUAGUGUGUACAGGCAUUACUUUCAAGAUGGGCAGCCAGAAGUGACAACUUUUCACGAUCAAGUGUGCACUACUGUAGACUAUAUAUUUGUUUCUCCUGGACGGCGGCAGAACUGCCAAAGGUGUCACCGCCGUCAUGGAUCCCUACAGAUGACAGGGAACCUUGAGUUGCUGUCAGAAAGUGAUAUACGGACUCUUGGUGGCCUCCCAAAUAAGUAUAUCUCAUCUGAUCACCUUGCUCUAGUUUCUUCAUUUUUGUUACAUGUUUGAAACACAAAACAACCCCUAAAAUUUACCCAGCACAAUGGAGGAGUUUUGUCUCCACAUUUUUGUAAGUAUUGAUUUGUACAAAGAUGAGGGUUUGGUAUGAAAUACAAAUUGUGAGUUUCAAAUCAGUUGUAUUCCUGGUGCAAGAAGGAACUUGUUUUUAUCUUCUCCAGCAAUUUCUUAGAAUUCAUAAAGAUUUCAACAGAGGAUGAACAUUACAAAUUAUUGGGUUCAACUUUCUUGUGUAAAUGUUUUUAAUAACUUCUCAGGACAGCUGUUCAACUUUCUUGUGUAAGUGUUUUUAAUGACUUCUCAGAACAGCUGUUUUUAUGCAUGUUAAAAGAGAGUAGUUUUGACUAAGAAUUUUUUUUAAGCUGUUGUCAUUACUUAAAUUAAAAUUGAAGUUAGCAAGC